AUGACGGACAAGCUCACGAGAAUCGCUAUUAUCAACAGCGACAAGUGCAAACCCAAGAAAUGCAGGCAGGAAUGCAAGAAAGCUUGCCCCGUCGUGCGCACUGGCAAGCUGUGCAUCGAGGUCGACCCAACGUCUAAAAUCGCCUUCAUCUCCGAGCGCCUGUGUAUAGGAUGCGGUAUCUGCCCGAAGAAAUGCCCGUUCGACGCGAUCAACAUCAUCAACUUGCCCACGAAUCUGAACACCCAAGUCACGCACAGAUACUCGGCGAACAGCUUCAAGCUGCACAGGCUGCCUAUGCCCCGUCCCGGCCAGGUUCUUGGUCUUGUCGGAACAAACGGUAUCGGCAAGAGUACUGCGCUGAAGAUUCUCAGUGGCAAGUUGAAGCCGAACUUGGGCAGAUAUGACAACCCGCCUGACUGGGAGGAGAUCCUGAAGUAUUUCCGUGGCUCAGAGCUGCAGAACUACUUCACGAAGGUUCUCGAAGACAACCUGAAGGCCAUCAUUAAGCCCCAGUAUGUCGAUCAGAUUCCCAAGGCUAUCAAGGCCGCCGACAAGCGCGUGGGAACGCUCAUCUCCGGCCGUGCGGCGAACAACAACCUUGACGAGGUCCUCGACGAGCUGGAACUGAGGCACAUUUUCGACCGCGAGGUAACUCAAUUGUCCGGUGGAGAGAUGCAGCGUUUCGCCAUCGGCUCUGUGUGCAUCCAGAAGGCGGAUGUGUACAUGUUUGACGAGCCUUCCUCUUUCCUCGACGUCAAGCAGCGUCUUAACGCUGGUAAGAUGAUCCGCAGCUUGCUCCGUCCCGAUGACUAUGUCAUUGUUGUCGAGCACGAUUUGUCUGUCCUUGAUUAUCUUUCGGAUUUCGUUUGCGUCCUCUACGGCAAGCCCGCCGUCUAUGGUGUCGUUACCAUGCCUUACUCCGUUAGAGAAGGUAUCAACAUUUUCCUCGACGGCAACAUCCCCACGGAAAACCUCCGCUUCCGUGAAGAGUCCCUGCAUUUCCACAUUGGUGACGCGACCGAGGACUACUCGACGGACAAGUCGCGUGGAUUCAAUUACCCGGCCAUGGAGAAGACGAUGGGCAACUUCCACCUUGCGAUCGAGCCUGGCAGUUUCACCGAUUCGGAAAUCAUUGUCAUGAUGGGAGAGAACGGAACUGGCAAGACGACCUUCUGUAAGAUGCUUGCCGGUGCUCUCAAGCCCGACAGCGGCAAGACCGUUCCCCCAAUGAACAUCUCCAUGAAACCCCAGACCAUCACUCCCAAGUUCCAGGGCACCGUCCGCCAACUGUUCUUCAAGAAGAUCAAGGCUGCUUUCCUCAACCCACAGUUCCAGACCGACGUGUACAAGCCCCUCAAGAUGGACGACUUCAUCGACCAGGAGGUUCAGAACCUGUCUGGUGGUGAAUUGCAGCGUGUCGCAAUUGUCUUGGCCCUUGGUAUCCCCGCCGACAUUUACCUCAUUGACGAGCCCUCGGCGUAUCUCGACUCUGAGCAGCGUAUCGUCGCCUCCCGCGUCAUUAAGCGUUUCAUCAUGCAUUCGAAGAAGACUGCCUUCAUCGUCGAGCACGAUUUCAUCAUGGCCACCUAUCUUGCCGAUCGCGUCAUCGUCUUCGACGGCAAGCCUUCGAUCGACGCUCGUGCGAACACUCCCGAAAGCUUGUUGACUGGCUGCAACAAAUUCUUGAAGAGUUUGGAUGUCACCUUCCGCCGUGACCCCAACUCGUACCGUCCCCGUAUCAACAAGUACAACUCCCAGAUGGACCAGGACCAGAAGUCGGCCGGCAACUACUUCUUCCUGGAAGAAGAGAGUUGA